AUGGCGCAGGAGGCCGGCGACAUGGAAGAUGGGCAGCUUUCCGACUCGGAUUCCGACAUGACGGUGGCACCCAGCGACAGGCCGCUGCCGGUGCCGAAAGCUCUAGGUGGGGACUGUGCAGUGCGGCCCUUCCAGAGUACUGCAGCAGUGUGUGCCCCGGUAUCACAUUAUCGGACUGUGAAAAGUGUGGAUUCAAGUGAAGAGAGUUUUUCAGAUUCAGAUGAUGAUAGCUCUCUCUGGAAACGCAAGCGACAGAAAUGUUUUAACACCCCUCCCAAACCAGAGCCUUUUCAGUUUGACCAGAGCAGCCAGAAACCACCUAUAGCUGGAAGGAAGAAGGUUAACAACAUCUGGGGUGCCGUGCUGCAAGAACAGAACCAAGAUGCAGUGGCCACUGAACUUGGUAUCUUGGAAAUGGAGGGCACUAUUGACAGAAGCCGACAAUCUGAGACCUACAAUUAUUUACUUGCUAAGAAACUUAAAAGAGAAUCUCAAGAACAUACAAAAGAAUUAGACAAAGAGCUAGAAGAAUAUAUGCAUGGUGGCAAAAAAAUGGGACCAAAGGAGGAGGAAAAUGGGCAAGGCCAUCUCAAAAGGAAACGACCUGUCAAAGACAGAGUGGGAGACAGACUAGAAAUGAACUAUAAAGGCCGAUACGAGAUCACGGAGGACGAUUCUCAAGAGAAGGUGGCUGAUGAAAUUUCUUUCAGGUUGCAGGAACCAAAGAAAGAUUUGAUAGCCCGAGUAGUGAGAAUAAUUGGGAACAAAAAGGCAAUUGAACUUCUGAUGGAAACUGCUGAAGUUGAACAAAACGGUGGUCUUUUUAUAAUGAAUGGCAGUAGAAGAAGAACCCCAGGUGGCGUUUUCCUAAAUCUCCUGAAAAACACUCCUAGUAUCAGUGAGGAGCAAAUUAAGGACAUUUUCUACUUUGAAAAUCAAAAGGAAUAUGAAAAUAAAAAAGCUGCUAGAAAGAGAAGAAUGCAAGUGAUGGGGAAAAAGAUGAAACAAGCCAUUAAAAACCUAAAUUUUCAAGAAGAUGAUGAUACAUCACGAGAGACUUUUGCAAGUGACACUAAUGAGGCCCUGGCCUCUCUUGAUGAAUCACAGGAAGGACAUGGAGAAACAAAGUUGGAUGCAGAGGAAGCCAUUGAGGUUGAUCAUUCUAACGACUUGGACAUGUUUUAG